AUGAAUCUAGUGAAUAUCGUAGAACAUCUUCUUCAUUUAACUAAAGCUGAAUUCGGUUCCGAAGCUAAAACAACAACAACGAUUGAUGAAAUAUUUGCUUCGCAGCAGUUAUUUGAAAUACUCAAGGCUUUCAAACACAACUGCUUCAAUGAACUCCAUGCCUAUGACUCUCUCGAAUUUGACGAUGAAUACGAUGAUAUGAUGGAUAAAGACAGUAGUGAUGAGUCAGAUGAUGUUGAAGAAAAUCAAGAUCCAGAUAUUAGAAACUAUUUCACUUUGGAAGAAAUGAAAAGUAUUGUUGAAUGGGUUGAUCAACAUCCAAAUUAUACAAUUGCUGAUGCCCGAAAUUGGAUUGAAAGCAAAAGAUCAUUAAUUUCAACAUAUACUCCACAUAAAAUUCUAAACAGUGAUCAUUGUUCGUUUCAACAGGAAUAUGUUUCACUGAGAACUCUUUCAUUUACUGGUGAACGAACAACAGAAGUAGCUGUUAAAAAUAAACACAAUAUUACUCACUCGUAUACAGUUUAA